GUCCUGCACAGGUGUAGCGGCUCCUCCCCUUCAGUCCUGCACAGGUGUAGCGGCUCCUCCCCUUCAGUCUGCACAGGUGUAGCGGCUCCUCCCCUUCAGUCCUGCACAGGUGUAGCGGCUCCUCCCCUUCAGUCCUGCACAGGUGUAGCGGCUCCUCCCCUUCAGUCCUGCACAGGUGUAGCGGCUCCUCCCCUUCAGUCCUGCACAGGUGUAGCGGCUCCUCCCCUUCAGUCCUGCACAGGUGUAGCGGCUCCUCCCCUUCAGUCCUGCACAGGUGUAGCGGCUCCUCCCCUUCAGUCCUGCACAGGUGUAGCGGCUCCUCCCCUUCAGUCCUGCACAGGUGUAGCGGCUCCUCCCCUUCAGUCCUGCACAGGUGUAGCGGCUCCUCCCCUUCAGUCUGCACAGGUGUAGCGGCUCCCCUCCCCUUCAGUCUUGCACAGGUGUAGCGGCUCCUCCCCUUCAGUCUUGCACAGGUGUAGCGGCUCCUCCCCUUCAGUCUUGCACAGGUUGUAGCGGCUCCUCCCCUUCAGUCUUGCACAGGUGUAGCGGCUCCUCUCCUGGACUGAAAUGGCUUACUCUGCUGUCACUGCACACUGUGAGCUUCUCACAAUGCGCAUUAGAGGCUGCAGCAAGUCAGAUAGAUCCCGCCUCAUUUCGCUUGGAUUCACUGGAUUUUUGUUCUUUCAAUCAUGGGCUCAGCAUCACGGGUGCCAACGCCCACUGCCCCAAACUGACACCCACCCAUCAACACAUUUUGAUAUUUGCAUAAUUCCUCCUACUGCU